AGAGAUGCUUAGCAACAUGCUUUGGUUUUCUCCAUGGCCUAUGGUUUUGCAGCUUUGGGCUCAGUGUUUCAUAGCGGGUGCGGCUUUCAGGGGCGGCACCACAAGGUGGGCUCCAUGGCGAAACGAUGCAGCACCCGGGCAGUGAUUCAAAUCUUUGUGACAGGUAUGUGCUUGGCAACUGCCAUUACUUCCUUCACAUUUGCCUUUGUGUUCGAGCAGUUCAUGGACCAGUUGACUGAAAACUAUCGGGGUGAACUGCGGUCUGAAAAUUUGCCUUGCAUAAGAAGUACGCUGGACGACUGCUCCAAUGCAAUAGAGGACAAAUGCUGGGACCCCUGCUGUCCACCUGGUUACUUCUGCUCACGCUCACCCAUUGUGGGCCUGUAUUGUCAGGAUGGGUUGACGACAUGCGGUGAUCCCAACUGGUGCCGGGACUUCGCUGACAUCUCCCGAACUUGCCUGACGCCAGUGUGCAAGACAAAUACAAUGAUCACUCGAAUAACCGCCUGGUCGUACAUUCUUGCGGCUAUCGGGAUCUUCUUGGAUUUGGUUGAUAUCAUCACCAUUUUCACGCUGCCAGAUGCCGUUGUUUUCAAAGCAGGCACCAACGUCUUCUCAAGCCUAGUGAAGUGGCUGGCUUUUGGUCUCGUAGUCGGCGCUGGCACACAAGGUUUCAUGUCAGAGCUGGAGCAGGCCAGGUGUUUCAACGAUGUCGGCAUGCAGCUAGUGGCAGACGCUGGGGGCCUCUUCGUCUCCUAUGCCAUUGUGCAGGUGGUGUCGGCCACACUGUCCUUGGUCCUGGCACCUUUUUCAGCAUACUUUGGAGGAAAACUGCAAGGGGGCGAAGUGCCUUACGUCAAGUGAUCUGUAGAAUGAGUGUUUCACCCAUUUCGAAGGGGUGGCAUAAUUGCCAAUGUCACCAGAACAAAUUGCGAAGUUCUGUGCUUAGGCUGUGAAGUGGA